CAAAGAACACCCAAUCCAGGUGGAGCUGAAAGUAGCAGGCCACAGGAUGGUGUUGAUAGUAUGAUCAGAAACCAAGUUGGAAGACAAGUUGACAGACUUUUUUCAAGUGAAAUGAAUGAUCUUCAUGGACACUUAAUAUCUAAGGCUAGUGAGGUUGAUCAACUUAGAGUGGAUCUUGCAAAGAUGGAGCAAAGAGAAAGAGAGAUUUUGUCUAGAAUUUCACGUCCAACAAAUGUGUCAGCAACCCCUCUACCUACUACUCAUUAUUCCAGCAUCAGUUCUACUUACGGUGCACCCUUAAGAACAGGAGAGCUAGGUGGCAGUACAGUAGGGUAUCCUUCAGGUAUUCCAAACAUAGGAGCAGAGUUUGGUAUCAGACAAUCAAGUGCUCAGAUCGAUGAAUUGAAAAAGAAGCUAAAAAUGACCACAGAGCUUUGCGCAAAACAAGAUACAUAUUACAGAGAGGUGAUUGUUGAACUUGAAAAUCGACUGAAGGAAACUAUUGCAGGAAGGGAUCAUGUGUUAGCACUUAGGGAAAGUGAGGCUUCGGGUCAGUUGCAGUUGAUUCACCAGUUGGAGGCGGGACUGAGGAAACAACAGCAGGCUAUUGAUGCAAAGGAUGAGACUUUAACUAAGAUGGAAUCUGAUAAAAGACAGCUUGAAGUCGAGCUGGCAGAGCAUAAAGUUUUCUUGGACAAAGUGAGACGAAUAUCACUGGAAGAAGAAAAGAAGAGAUUCCGCUCAGGACUAGUUACCAGUGCAUUGGAGAACAACGUGGCUAUCGGCCAGAUCGGGGAUGCUUUAGUAGAAAUCCUUCAAAAGUGUCUCUUUGAUGAUGAUAACGAGAAGAAAACGCUGCAGUCAAAGUUAGAAAGGGUCGAGACAGAUCUGAGAAGCAGCAAAGAACGUAUUGAUGCCACACAAGAUGAACUGCAAAGGGAUUACAAAGCCAGGCUAUCGAAGCUGGAAGAGGAACAUAAGCAGGCGUUAGAUUCCUCAGCCAAUAAAGCAGCCCAGUUAAGGAGAGAGCUGGACAGUUUACAUGAAGAAACAGAUAAACUCAGAGGGCAACAUCAAAUAGAAGUUUCUGCACUGGAUGACAAAAUGAAAUGCCUUCAUCUUGAGCUGGAAAAGACUAAAAAAUCAAGUCACGAAACCUCACUGCAAUUAGAAACAAAGAACAAAGAAUUGGAAUCCACUGUUCGGGAAUUGACAGCUGAACUUCAAGUUGUGAAAGAAGAGAAACAGAACUUACUGGAGCGUGUUUCGCAAGAGCAAGCAAAUGUUAUUUCUGUGAACGAGAAGCUUAGAGCUGCAGAGAAACUUCGACAAGAAACAGAAGCGAAGAACGAAGGUCUCAGCAAAGAAUUAGCGGUUCUUCGGGAAACGUGCCGUGAAGAAGCCAAUAGUUUAAGAACUGAUAUAAGUGAAAAAGAUAAACUAAUGAAAGACAUUCGCGAAGAGAGUGCUAAACUUCGAGAAAGUGAAGUCGAAAGAGCAAUUAAUCAAGAAAGAGAGAAGGCGAACGCUCGCCUGGAUGGUAUAUUAAACGAGCUUACGAAAUCCAAUCAGGGUAUUUCCACCUUGACAGCUGAUUUAGAAGGGAAAAAAUUAGAUUUAUCGAAGCAGCGAGAAGACAAUAUUAAAUUGAAAGAUGAUCUAGAUUUGAAAACUAAGGAAAUGAACCUUAUGAGAGAGGAAAAAAUUCGUUUAGCUGCGGAACUUGAAAAAAGACACGACGAAAAUGAUAAUCUGCGUAGAGAAGUUGAAGAAUUGGGUAGAACUUUAGAGGUAAAAUCAAAGGAUCUCUCCGAAGCGGAGAACUGUGUUAGUAAACUUCAAACUCAACUCAAGGAAAGAGAGAGGACCAUAGAGAAUUUUCAAGUGCAAGGAACAAACCUUGCUGAAAUUAUUGAAAGAAACAGUCAAACGGGUGACUCGCUACAACGUGAGAGGGAGCAACUGAUUCGAACGCUGGAGGACAGAAUUAGCGAGGUGGAAGAAAUGAAGAGUCAUCGCGAAAUCUUAGCAAAAAAAUUGAGGUCAAAGGACAAACGUGUCAAGGAACUGGAAGAGGAAAGGAACUCUUUAACAAAUAGUUUGAAUAUUAAGCAAGAGGAGUUAAACGCUCUAAUGGAGGACCGAAGUAACAUCAUGGCGGAGUUGAAAUUGCGGCAAAUUGAAGUGACAAAGUUGAAAGAGGAAAACAGUUCAUUGAGUUCACUGAUCGAAGGACAACAUGGAGAGCGCGAGAAGGAGAUCACCAAAUUGUUAUCUCGAUUAAAAGGUUCUGAGCAGGACUUAGCUUUAACGAGAAAGCUUCUGAAAACGAAAGGUGAUAUGAGUGGGAAAGCUGUACGAGUGGCAAAUGCUAUGCAAGAGGAGGUAACCGCCAAGCGUGGAGAACUUGACGCUAUGCAAAACAAAAUUCACUGGUUAACAGAAAGUCUCAAUAACGUCUCCAAGGACGCGCGUUAUUAUGAAAGGAAAAGCAGUGAAUUAUCAGAAACGUCAGAAAAACUGGCAGGUCGCCGAGACCAGUUGGAAUUCGAGCUGCGGAAGGUCCGAGAACAGAAAGAUGAGUAUAAAAAACAAGUCAACCACAUGGAGCAGGCCCUUGAAAAGGCAGCUCUCAAGCAUGCAGACUCGCAGGGUAUCAUCGAGAAGAUGGAACAAGAGAUGGCAAGACUUAAACUGAAGCACUCACUUGAGAUAAAGGAACUUGAGCGGACAUCCAAGGCACCCAUGACUGUCAGACCAGAAGCUGCAACGCUAGUUGAACUGUUGACAAAACUAAACACUGGUUUUAGGUGGCCCCCGCUAACCACUCCAGCAAAUUACACCAAUGUUCUCUUAACUCAGAAGACUGGUAUUCCUCAGCAUUUCCCAACACCUCUACCGCUUUCCCAGGGCUCUCAGUCUGAAGUGGCAGAAUCGGAGAAUGGACAGCUGAUGCAAAGUGGGCCCUCUCGAGAGACAAGUGAAGCCUCGUCGAAGAAAAACGAUGAAGUUACAGAUGACCUGAAAACGUUACUACAUGAAGUGCGGAGCUUGAUCUCAAGUUUCCAAGCGCACGUCACCCAAACUGCGACUCCAGCCAAGACUCCGAAUGCUCCGUCUGCGUCACAGGGUUCUCUUGCUGAGCGAGCGCUGUUGGACGACUGCCCCGUGCGUCCUGACGAACCAUAUGUGGGAAAAAGUGAGCAGCAGCGUGCUGUCGGCGAGACAACCUCUGACAAGAAAAAUUCUGGUCCUUCAAGUGAGGAUGAAAAGCAAGGCCAAACAAGAAACGGUGACAGGAAAGUUCGUGGCGCAACCCAGAAGGGGCAUCUUCGUUCUAAGCCCUUUAUUUCCCGAAGGCACAGGCAGGAAAUCAACAGAGAAGAAGGUUCAUCUGUAUCAACAGAUCCGAAUUCGAAAGUCAGCAGCAGAUGCGAUUUCGACGAGGUCAGCGACGAUGUCAACGACUUUGCAAUUCCGCUGCACAGUUCGUCUCCAAAGAGGGUUGAUACUGCAUCCAGUGAUGCAGUCAGCGAACGUUCACAAACAUUUGACAGGCCCCUUUCAUUGUCGUCGUCGUCGAUUCACAGUGACCACUCAGAUGUCACCUCUCUUUUAAUGGACCGAUCAACUUCCACUGUGGACACUGUUAUCUCACGUGACAUCCUGAACGCGGCUCGUUAUUGGAAGCCAAAGUCGAGCGCAUUGUCAGUUACAAGUAAUCAGUCAACUUCAAAUGAAAUGUCUGGUUUGGCGCCGUUACCAAACGGCAAGUCGCGCUAUUUGCCCUUAAGCGAAAACGAAGGAAGACGAAAUCUUGAUUCAGAGUCUGCCCGACGUAAGUAUGAGCCCCAAAAACGAGGAGAUUUCAUUUCAAGGAAAGAGAGUGACAGAAUCAUAACAGCAGCUGAAGAACCUGCGAGGAAAAAGUCAUCAGAUGGUGAACCUGUGUACAGUCGUGCCGAGAUGAUCUUGAGAUCGCUUGCACAAACUGGGGAGCAACUUACCAAGAAAAACAGAGAGAUCGAACACUUGUUGAAGGAACAAGACAGACGAAUAAAAAAGUGCCGGAAAAACGAGGACCACAUGCAUGCGCUUCUGUCUUGAGUACAGUACCAUGAUCAUGAAAACUCGGUUAUCUAUCUCUAUAGCUACGGUUGUAUGCAUUGUGGUUAAGACUAAGAUGAUAUGCAAUUUCCGUGUGAAAAGAAAUGUAUACUUUGCGUAUCUUUUUAAGAGAAAAAAUAAGUACCUCAUAAUAAGAACAUUGGCGGCCUCCCCUUGUAGUUCAUUCCCUUUUCUCUCUCUUUUUUUUCUUUCCUUCCAAAUUAUUUGUUCUUCACCAUUUUCGCUGCAACCCAUUGCAGACAUCCUUUUGCUAUUAAAUAUCUUCUUUUGCCGUUCAGCAAAACUUCGUUAAUGGAAAAUAGGUAAAGAGCUUGCCUAAAUCAAUUUUCUAGACUUGUCAGGAACUUUUUCUUUUCACCGUGCUAAAUAUUUUUUUUUUUUUAUAACAAUCAAUAUACUAUAUCGAAGUUAGCUGUGUAAUCUAUGUACUCGCACACUAACCGGACAAAACCACGAACUGCAGCCGAAUUGCCGGUGAUAACCAUGUAUUUUAGAAGAAACGAAUCUCUGAGGAAUGUGUGAUAUAAACGACAGAUAUUAGAUAGGAAGUGACUGAUUAUUAUCUUGAGAAGCGUUCAGCAACCUUACCAUAUGUAAUUUACCGCUGUUUCUAACUUAUGUAAUUUAAUAUUGAAAUAUAAACACGCGUGGGAUUCUUGAUUUAUUACUUUGGACCAUUUCAAGCGACCACUUACUUCUAUGGAGUGCGCUAUACCCGUCCACUGUUAUUCGUUCACGGCACAAGGCGUAAGGUCCAUGUUGAAAAGUAAAUAUGAAACGAUAAAUGCCAAUUGAAAGUGUCUCGCCUCCUGUUUUCAGUGGGUGCCUUUCACUCUCCCUCUAUUCAAAAUUUGAUCAGUGGAUAAAG